UUAGAAUAAUUCUUUUCCUUAAUCUUCCCUUCCCUUUACUUAAAACACUCUCUCAGAGACAGAAAGAAACACAGAGACGACGACGCACGCAUUUAAAUAUCCGGAAGAGGAUUUCCCCCCUUCUUCUUUUUUUUCUUUGAACGCAGAUUGGUCCCUUCGAGGACCAUGUGAGUAGAGCUUGUUUGAUUUAAAGAAAAAGGUGUGGCUUUUCAGCUUAAGACUGUUUGUUCAAAUUUGUGGAAGAUUCCAUCAUGGUCAACUCGAUUUUUGGAAACUGGAACAAUUUUUUUAUUUUAUUUUUAAACUCCAUACCAAUCUGGGAUCCAAGAAAAGUUACUUGAAUCUUUUGGAGCUAUUUCUUUUACCACUGUACUUUGACUCAUUAAUUUGACGACUCAGAAAAAGAAGGCUUUAGCAGCGUUAAGUGACAGUGAGGCCCAGUUCUAGUGUUUGCGGAUGCUCUUUCUAUGAAUGUUUUUGAAAGACCAACUUUUUUUUUUUUGUCGAAUUUCUGCUAGUGUAAUCUGGUUCUUGCAUUUUGAGCCAAAGGGUGUCCAGAUCUUUACUAGUUUUCUUUUUUUGGGUGGGUGGGUUUACAAUUUGUUGAUUAAUCAAAGGAGGGGCCAAAUACAAUUGUAGGGCUGUGAAAUAGGUUUUUGUUAUUGAUUCUAGAGGAGCUUGUGUUAAAUAGUGAAAAGGGUCUUGUCAAAGGUGUGGUCUGCCGCUGCUAUAACGGGAGGGGUAUAGGUUUUUUGUCGGUGGUUCUUGUCUUUUGAAUCCAACAUGGAUGGGACAGUGUAAUAAUGCAUGAAAUAUCUUGGUGCGUCUUGUAGUCAUGCUUUUGUUGUUGGCUCUAUAACUGUAGUGGGGACUUUGGUUAAGAGAACAAGUGGAGGUUUUUGAUAAAUUAAUUGUGGUGGUAGUGAUGAGUAGAGAGCAGAGGAGAGGGAACCAAGAGAAAGGCGGCUCAGACGUUGCUGUGAAGGUUGUUGUUGCAGUUAAAGCCUCCAAGGAGAUUCCCAAGACUGCUUUGGUCUGGGCUUUGACUCACGUUGUGCAACCUGGAGAUUGCAUUACUCUGCUGGUGGUUGUACCUUCACAGAGUCCUGGCCGAAGAUUAUGGGGAUUCCCAAGAUUUGCUGGUGACUGUGCCAAUGGUCACCGGAAGUCUCAUCUGGGAGCAACCUCAGAUCAGAAGUUUGACCUUACAGAUUCCUGCUCCCAGAUGAUCCUUCAGCUUCAUGAUGUUUAUGAUCCAAACAAAAUCAACGUGAAGAUAAAAAUUGUAUCUGGCUCACCUUGUGGGGCAGUCUCUGCAGAAGCCAAGAAGGCACAAGCCAACUGGGUUGUAUUAGACAAACAGCUGAGGCAUGAGGAAAAACGCUGCAUGGAAGAGCUGCAAUGCAACAUAGUGGUUAUGAAAAAGUCCCAGGCAAAAGUCCUCCGCUUGAAUCUUGUUGGAUCAUCAAAGGAACCUGAAGUUGUGGGCUCAUCACCUUCCAACCUAGAUGAAGCAUCUGAGAAGCAUUCCAAAAAUAAAAAUGAUUCUCCAGGCUCCAUUCGAGGACCAGUGGUUACUCCAACAAGUAGUCCAGAGGCUGGAACACCAUUUACUGUGACUGAGGCAGGGACUUCAUCAGUCUCAAGUGAUCCAGGAACUUCACCAUUUUUUAUCUCAGAAACAAAUGGAGAACUCAAGAAAGAGGAACCACUGGUCAUUGUGGAAAAUAGGGAUCUUGAUGAAUCUAGUUCGGACACAGACAGUGAACAUUUAUCUUCAGUUUCAAGUUUAAGGUUUGAACCAUGGGUAGGAGAGUUGCUUAGUUCUCACAUUCAUUCCUCAAGACACAUAGAAGAUGGCUCUCAGAGAAGUAAUAGUUUGGCUCAAACUUCAACAACUAUAGCUUUGCUAGAGAAGUUCUCAAAACUUGAUCAACAAACAGGAAUUGGAAAGUCAAACUACAGGACCGAUCUAGACUUGAGUGGAAACAUGAGAGAGGCAAUCUCAUUAUCCAGAAAUGCGCCUCUUGGCCCCCCUCCUUUGUGUUCAAUAUGCCAACAUAAGGCACCUGUAUUUGGGAAGCCCCCAAGGUGGUUUAGCUAUGCUGAGUUGGAGCUUGCUACUGGAGGAUUUUCACAAGCCAAUUUCUUGGCAGAGGGUGGGUUUGGAUCUGUUCACAGAGGUGUAUUGCCAGAUGGCCAGGCAGUUGCUGUCAAGCAACACAAAUUGGCUAGUUCACAGGGGGAUAUCGAAUUUUGCUCAGAGGUGGAAGUCCUUAGCUGUGCUCAGCAUCGAAAUGUUGUUAUGCUCAUUGGCUUUUGUAUUGAGGACAGAAGGAGGUUGCUAGUUUAUGAAUAUAUAUGCAAUGGGUCACUAGAUUCUCAUCUCUAUGGACGUCAUAGGGAGCCAUUAGAAUGGUCUGCACGGCAAAAGAUUGCAGCAGGAGCUGCUCGAGGGUUACGUUAUCUUCAUGAAGAAUGCAGAGUAGGUUGCAUUGUCCAUCGAGAUAUGCGGCCUAACAAUAUUCUCAUAACCCAUGAUUUUGAACCACUGGUUGGAGAUUUUGGCCUAGCAAGGUGGCAGCCUGAUGGUGAAACUGGUGUUGAAACAAGAGUGAUUGGAACAUUUGGGUAUUUGGCUCCAGAGUAUGCUCAAAGCGGUCAAAUCACAGAAAAAGCUGAUGUUUAUUCCUUUGGAGUUGUUUUGGUUGAGCUUGUUACCGGCCGAAAAGCAGUGGACCUCAACCGGCCAAAGGGCCAGCAGUGUCUCACGGAAUGGGCACGUCCUCUAUUGGAAGAAUUUGCCAUAGAUGAACUGAUUGAUCCACAGCUUGGCAAUCACUAUUCAGAGCAGGAGGUUUACUGCAUGCUCCAUGCAGCAUCGUUAUGCAUACGACGGGAUCCUCAUUCCAGGCCUCGUAUGUCUCAGGUUCUCCGCAUACUAGAAGGUGACAUGCUUGUGGACGCAAAUUACAUGGCAACACCUGGGUAUGAUGUGGGAAACCGGAGUGGAAGGAUUUACAUAGAGCAGCAGCAGCAGCAGCCACCACAACAUUGUGGUGGUCCCCUACCAAUAAAUGAGGCACGGGAAGGAUUCAGUGGGAAGCUAUCCUUUUGACACCCUAAAGCCAAUUUUCGAGGAAAGGGACAAGGCCAGGAGGAUUUCAUGCCGAGAUUCGUAAAGAGCUAGCCCGUAAUGAACAACGUAUACGCAAGGGUGCCAAAUAUGUGGCUGGUCCAUUUGCAUUUUGUAAUUUUUUUUUGCCUUCAGUGUUUUGUUCAAAGCCAUCUUCAUUUUGCUUUGUAUAGUGGAAAGGGAGUAGGGGUAGCAAUGUUUGGGAAAUUUUAUGAUGUAGAUGGAGUAACUUGUUGAAUUUUAUUAGUUAUUUUUCUAAAUCUAUUUUAAAGAAAUGAUAGAUACACAAAGGAAAGAGAAAAUUAAAUUCAGGACCUAGAAAAAAAGAAUAUCUUCACCUAACUUUUCUUUCUUUAUGUGUAUUUAUUUCUUUGAGAUGGAUCGAGAAAAGUAACUAAUAGCGUUCUGUUAGUUAUUCUGAAUAUUAUUAUAAAAUUUCCCACAAUAUUUUGUAUUUAAUAAAUGAUUGGAAUUGAUAUUAAAUAGCAAUGAUGCAUGAGCACUAGUGAAUACGCAAUGCUUGAAGCAAUGAAGCAGCUCUUAAGAA